GGGGGAUGGUUUCAUUAUUAUUGCUACUCGCUAUAUGUACCUCGUCGGGUCGAAAGAUAUUACAGAAAAGCUUUGAGUAUGCUUUGCGACAGUUUGCAGUUACCUUCAAUACGAGAAGAAAACGAAAACAUGAGAGGUCGUUCAGUUACACCUCGUCGACAAGACAUGAUGCCGUCUCCAUCCCGUGAAAUAUUUCGACAGACUCGUCCAUUAACCAAAACACCGAAAUCGUUGAAAACUACAAAAAUUGCUUCGAAGGAAAAACGAAGACUGAAGAAGAUGGGAGAUAACGUUAAAGUUGCGGUUCGUGUAAGACCAUUCAAUGAUCGAGAGAAGCAAAGAAAAGCAAAACUCAUCAUUGAGAUGGAAGGAAGUACAACUAUAAUCAAAGAUCCUGCUAACAUGGAUGCAGAAGGAAGAAAAUAUACUUUUGAUUAUUCGUAUUGGUCACACGAUGGCUACAAAGAGAGAGAUGAUGGAUAUUUGGAACCGGUCGAUGGAAGAUAUGCAGAUCAGGCACAUGUCUUCAAGGAUUUGGGAAGGGGUGUAUUAUCGAAUGCAUGGCAAGGGUUCAAUUGUUCCUUGUUUGCUUACGGACAAACUGGAUCAGGAAAAUCAUAUUCGAUGGUUGGGUAUGGCGAAAAUAAAGGAAUCGUACCUGUGACAUGUGAAGAAUUAUUUAAAGGAAUAGAAGAAAAGAAAUUAACGGAUGAUCAAGAAAAAGAAGCUGAAUAUCAGGUCUCAGUAUCAAUGUUGGAAAUCUACAAUGAAACGGUCAAGGAUCUUCUCAAUCCGUCAUCUUUUAAAAAAGGUGGUCUCAAAGUACGUGAACAUCCACAAAAAGGAUUUUAUGUUGAACAAUUGAGAAUCAGUCCUGUGCGUAACUACAGUGACAUUGAAGCCAGAAUUUCAGAAGGCAAUUUCAAUAGAACUGUUGCCGCCACCAACAUGAAUGCAACCAGCUCCAGGGCUCAUACUAUCGUCGCAAUUAAUUUUGCACAAAAAGCAAAAAAUGACGCCGGAAAAAGUAUGACGAAAACAUCAAUUAUCAAUCUCGUUGAUUUGGCAGGAAGCGAAAGAGCAGACAGCACAGGAGCCACAGGUGAUCGUCUUAAGGAAGGUUCAAUGAUAAAUAAAAGUUUACUUUGUCUUGGAAAUUGCAUCAAAGCUCUUGCUGAUAAACAACUUGGGAAAACAACUGCUGUUCCAUACCGUGACUCCACUUUAACUCGACUUCUUAAAAAUGCUUUGGGAGGAAAUAGCAAGACUAUUAUGAUUGCUGCACUCAGUCCAGCUGACAUAAACUAUGACGAGACUUUGUCAACAUUAAGAUUUGCUGAUCGAGCCAAAUCUAUCAAGACCAAAGCUAUUGUUAAUGAAAGUCCGACUGAUAAAUUGAUUCGGGAAAUGAAAGAAGAAAUUAAACGUUUGCAAGAUCAGUUGAAAGGUGGUGGAACAGGUGGGGUUGUUAUCCAAGGUAUACCUCAAGAUGAAGUUGAGGAAAUGAGAAGACAAAUGGAAGAAGAGUUGAAAAAGAAUCAACAAGAAAUGGAAGACAUGAAAUUGACCUGGCAACAAAGGUUAAAAGAACAGGAAGAAGGAAGUUUGAAGAUGUUGCUGGAAGAAAGGAAUAAGCAGGAAGCAAGAAAAACUACUCCUCAUUUCUGGAAUUUGAAUGAAGAUCCGAUGCUGACAGGAAUGAUUGUACAUUUUGUACCAGCCGGAAAACACAUCCUUGGAAAUUCUGAUCCUGCUGAUAUUAUAUUAAAAGGACUGAGUGUGCAGAGAGAACAUGCAAACAUCGUGAACAAAUCGAAUAGUGUAAUAAAGAUACAACCCAAAGGUACUGUGCUGGUGAAUGGGAAAACAAUAACUGAAGAAACAGAACUGAGACAUAAUGAUAGGGUUAUGUUUGGUUCGACACAUUUGUACGUCUUCCAUCAUCCACAAGAUGCUGCGAAACAAGAGAAAGAAGGAACGAAUAUCGAGAAAGUAUCGUUUGAUUCCGCUCAACAAGAAAUUGCUGAAAAUAAAGGAUUUGAUAUGGGAACGAAAGGAAAGUCUACAGAGGAUCUUCUGCUACAAGAAGAUUUACUUCGGAUUAUGCCUAUGGUUAAUGAAGCAAAUGCAAUGUCUGAGGAAUUGGAUAAAAAAAUGAAAUUUGAAUUGGCGUUGCUCAGUCCACAGGCUCGUGGAUUGAAAGACGGAAAAACAGAGGUUUUGAUCAAAGCAAAGAAUUUGGAAAACGGGAAUGAAUUUCUAUGGGAUCAAAAUAAAUUCAUCAACAGAAAGUAUAUCAUGCAGGAAAUGUAUCAGAAUUAUUCUGAGGGAGACGAUGACUGGGAUUAUGAAAAGGAAAAAGAUCCAUUCUGGGAACCUGUUGAUUCAAAGGUGAUGAUUGGAACUGCUUUCUUGUAUCUGCAGAGUGUUGCUUAUUGCGUUGAAUUUGAUGAAAUGAUUCCAGUAACAGAUAUGGCAGCUCAAGAGAAAUGUAAAUUAAAGGUGAAAGCAAUUCCAUGUGAUCAGAAAGGCAUUCCAUUAAAUGAUGACACAUUUGUUGAAGAUCCGAAAGAAUUAUUGAACACAGCAUUUCGAUUUAAAAUAUCAAUUGAUCAAUGUCUUGGAUUACCAAGAAAAUAUGCAAAAGUUUGGUGCAGAUAUAAAUUUUACUUUUCUGAUGAAUGGAAUACGAGUGAGAUGGCUGACAGCGACACUCUCAAUCCGAAUAUUAGUUAUGAGAAGAUGUUUACAGCUGAUCCUGUCACUCAAGUGUUCAUCGAUGAUUUGCAAGAAACUCCUCUUCUUAUUCAAGUUUGGGGUAGACAGAAACCUGGCGUCCUUGAACCAUCCCUGGCAAAAGCAACAACGAAAGAAUUAUUUAAAAUCGAUCCUGAAAAACUAAGAUAUUUGUCGCAAGACAAACAACAAACUAAAACGAAAGCGGCCACUGCAGCUCAGAAAAAAGCAGACAAAAAAGAUAAAAAAGCUGAUAAAAAUGCAGUAAAGUCUAAAGUAACAAGUAAUGAUAAAGAUAAAGAUGUGCAGAUUGAACAAUUGAAGGCUGAAAUUGAGAGAUUAAAGAUUGCUAUGAGUAACAAUUCCUCAUCAAACAAUAUUAGAGUUGGAGACCUUGGAUUCGCUGAUGAUUCUUCAGAUCGAAAACUGAGAAUGCUGGGAUCACUCGUCAGUGAAGCCAGAAACAAAAACAAGCCCGUAGUUUUGACUGACAGAGUUGACAGUGUACUGAGAACAGGACAAGAUUUAAGUCCAAAUCGUAUUCGUGAAGCGGAAGUAAAUGCGGCGAGGGGUUCUGGAAAUGAAAGCGGAAAAUCAAAAGUUUGCACGAUAUCAUAGAUUCAAGUAUUGUGUUUUAACAAUCAACGAUUGAAUUGACUUUUACUACAAUUUACAAGAAAAUAUAAUUUGUAUUGGAUAGCUUAUAACCUCGCCUUUGGUCGGUGAUCAUCACUAGGCAUAAUUUCUAUCAUAAUUACAGUUUAAAUAACUUGUUUCUUAAUAGCCCAGAUGAUUUUAUUUUUCUCAGGAUUAAUUUGUCUAUGCAGCUCAUUUACAGUUCGGGUCUGGGAAAUUUCACCUGUGGAAAUUCUGAACCAAAUUUAAAACAUAUGACACUGUAUAUACAACUAAAUGUCAAAUAAAAAAGCAUCUUGGCAGUUAGGGUUAGAUUUCGUAUGGGUGAAAUUUUCCACGAGCAAUUUUCCUGGGUGAAAUUAUCCUAGUACAGUACUAUAAUAAAUAGUUUCAAGGUUUUUUACAUAAAGUGCAUGGAAAUUUCUAAUUUUUGUUACAUAUUCUGAGAUUGCCAUUUUUAUAAGAAGAUGAUUUUCAGUUUUGAAUUUAAGCUUAUUCUUAUAAAUUAAAAAAUAUUAUUACCCGUAUUAAAUUUAAUAUUCAUAUAAGCCGAAAGGUUGUCAAAUUCAUGUACGUAUGUACGUGCAGACUAGUUGCCUUUGAAAUGUUUUAUUUUUAUUUCAAACAAUUUACUGUGAAUAUUAUAUCAGUUAUUCGUACUAUAGUUUGUUUAUUUUAUAUCUCUGCACUUGUUCCGUGAUUCGAUUGCAUUUCCUAAUUAGUCUUGAAUUUCUAUUUUAUUAGUUGGUUGUGUAUGAAUACUUGAAUUCUGUGCUAAUUUGUGAAUCUUUGUUUGAUAGAAUUUGAUGAUUAUCAGUGUAUUGUCUUCAAUUGAAAGACUUAUCUAAUAGAACACGUCAUCGCGGGAAAACCGAAUUAGCUGUAUCAUAUAUUUUGGGAAUGAACUCUUUUCUUCUGUCAUGUUAGAAUAGUGGUCAUCUUCUGGUAUGGGUUUCAAAGCUGUACCUGUUUUAGUUCUGAUUACAGAUAAGUGCUUUAUUGUCCAUUUUCAGGUUUGGCCAUUGGAACCAAAUCAUCAAAAAUUUUGAUUAUCUCAAAACUUCAAAAUUAGACAUCAGUUAAUUCGUUAUGGGUCUACAAUGUUUAGGAAGAUUACAUGCAUGAUAAAAAAAAUCAGUUUUUCAAAAUCUGAGGUCCAAAGAAGAAUAAUAACGUCUGAUUUGUCCAGCGGGUAAAUGCGUUGGCACUUGUGUUCUAAAUACGCUCAUCAGUUCAUCAUUAUCUGUUCAAAAG